AUGAAUAAUCCCAUAGUUUACGUACCUGAUAUCCCUAUGGAUAUUGAUGAGGAUGAACUCGCUACAUUGAUUCAGACUCGUGUGCAGACCAGUCAACGUAUGAAGGUUCACAAUGUUAAAUGUUAUUCUAAGCUUGGCGUAGCCAUUAUUACAUUGUUCGAUGAUAAUGAUAAAAAUCAUCUUGUGGCGAACGUUCAGUCAAUUGUUCUUGAAACGGAUCUCCGUACCACUAUAUCAUUCGAGGACAAACUUGAACUCGAUUCGUACAUUAUCAUCGAUCGAAAUGCAAUGAAUAUUCCAUCUGUGAAUGAAGUAGCUCAACAUUAUACAAAAUCAUAUAAAAUAUCGAGAAUAUGUGCUUGCAAAACAGUGUCCGAUCAAUUUCCCAAUGUUUUUCGAAUCGCUUUCCAAAAGUUUCAUGAAUUGUUGCCCGCAGUGGAGGUACCGAGUUUCAAAAUUCUAGGUGUAUCUGCUACGGUGUAUUCGCGUUUCGAUUGUAAUUUUUUUGAAGAUCUACCACUGCCUAUUGAAGACGACGAAAUCAGAUCAGCUAUUGCUGCUCAAAUCGGCGCGAAACAACUCAGCUUCAGAUCGUUUUAUGUUCAACAUAAUAGCAGAACAGGUAGUGGAAUGAUAGUCGCCUCCAAAUCUGAAAAGAAAUGGGCAAAGCAAGGAUUUCUUACUAUCAAUGGUCUGAAUAUAUCACGAAAAUUUAAGCUCUCCUACAGAGUGCUCGUUUCUCCUGUACCUCGAGAUUUUGAUAUAAACAAGAUCCUAAAUAAUCGAUUGUUUAUUAAUUACGUCGUUUCACAAAAACUUAUUGACGACAAAUUAGUUAUCGAAUUGCAGGAUUUUGACCAUUUCAAAUUUUGUUUGGAAGUUGGAGGCUUCGGAAUAGAAAGUGAAGCUUUCAUCAUCAAACCACAUACUGUUGUUAGUGAUCCAGAUUCAUGUGAACUCGAUGCUUUGAACUGGUAUGAAACAAAAAUGCAAGAUAUUGUACCAGAUGUAACUACCAUUAUUCAUGAUUAUCAACACCCCAUAUUUCGGUUCAAGUGGAAUGCUCAGAACUUCCUAAAGCAAAUGAACAAAGCAGCAGCUAUUCCUGCCAAAGGCUAUGAUCUCACAAAACAUCUACUACGGGUGACUGUUAUGCUCAACACUAUAGGCACGUUAAGGAAGAAACAGUAUAUUGUCGAUGAUACUUUGGUCAAACUAAAACUUGAACGAAUACAAACCAUUGGCUACAGUCACCAAUCCAAACUAUUCACAAGAAAAACACUGUCACAAACAGAUUUCCAAACACCAUAUCCAAAAACAACUGUUCAAGUCGUCGAAGAAGAUUGUCUUGUUCUAUAUGAACAACUGGUGGCAAAAGGGCAUCGACCAUUGCUGCUCAACAUGGCGAAUGCAACUAGUCCAGGUGGUGGCUAUCGAAAAGGUGAUGGUGCACAAGAAGAAAACAUUUUUCGCCGUUCUGACUACUAUCACAGUCUCGAUGGAGAAUUAGCUGAUCGAACUCGAUCAGAGAGACUCUACUACACACCAAAGGGUGAACUUAAACAGUUGAAAGGAUUCGGUGACUUCUAUCCGAUGGAAGAGUUUGGAGGCAUCUACACAGCAGGCAUCACUGUGUUUCGCGGAACUGAACAAGAUGGCUAUCCUUACAAGAAACAACCUCUCUACAAUGUGUGUGCUAUUGCUAUGGCAGCCUAUCGAGAUCCUCCUCUCACUCCUGACAACAAACUGCAAAACAAACCCGCCAUGAACACUCGUCGAAAAAUUGAGAACAUCUUCGCCAUUGCACAUCAUCAAAAGCAUGAUUGUCUAGUGUUGUCUGCAUUGGGUUGUGGUGCUUUUCGAAAUCCACCUGAACAUGUUGCUCUGCUAUUCAAAUCAGUUAUUUUACAAUAUGCUGGCUACUUCGACACGAUUUAUUUUGCCAUCAUCAAUGAUCACAAUGCAAAAGGUGUGGUGAAUCCCAAAGGAAACUAUGGACCAUUCAAAGCUAUACUAGACGGCUUUCAAGUGGAACCACCGAAAACGUUACGAGUGGAUGGAGUGAGUGGACCAUAUCGUGUUCUUGACAAAACAGCCGAUGGUCAAUUGAUAUUGGAUGAUGUUAUCAUCUCACAAGCAGCUCCUUGUCAACAUGGCAACAACUGUCGUGAUAUAAGAACUAAAGAUCACAGUCAACAGUUUUCACAUCCACCAAGAUGUCCAUUACAGAAAGCGAACUCACAAUGUGAACACAUGAAUGACGAUGUACAUUUGGCUACCUUUAUGCAUACAAAAAAGUGUGAGAAAGGUGGCGAAUGCACCAGCACAGAUGCAGCACAUCUGAACGAUUUCGAUCAUCCAGACUUUUGCAAAGAUCAAUCUCAUUGUUAUAACACUGACCCUCAACAUCUAUUUGAUUAUCGACAUCUACCUGCAUGUCAAGAUGGAAUCGACUGUCCCCUGAUCUGGAGCCGUGACGACAAUCAUAUCAAAGCAUUUCGACAUGUCAAAUUAGUCUGUCCCGAAGAUAACUGUUGCAGUCAAAUUCACGAUGAAUCACAUAUGAGAAAAACAAUUCACUCCUUUCGUGAACCAUGUCCAUUCACACCCUAUAGUUGUGCUCUAUUUGUCGAAUUCUUUCAGCCUGGUAAAAUGAAAAGAUGUUCAUCGGAAGCAGAACGUCAUUGUCUUCAGUUUGCACAUCUCUGUCCCUAUGGCCGCCAAUGCAAAACAGAUGAAGACAAACACUACGAAACUACUAUUCACAUCGCUCGACAACUGUGUCCACAAAGUGAUCAAUGUCCAAAAAUAACUAACGAAGACCAUCUAGAGUCAUUUGCUCAUCCGGGUAUCCGCGAUAUUCGUCUCCUAUGUCAACAUCCUGGCUAUAAGUGUCAUUCGAGGUCCGAUAAAAAGCAUUCGACUACUUAUCGACAUGGUCAAAACUAUGAUCAUCUAACUGUGGCACCGUGCAGCAAUUACAAUGCAGAUAUUGACUUUGCCCGAAAUCAACGACAUCUGAUCAGAAAUGUGAACAAUUAUAUCGAGACAGAAGGAUGGA